UUAUUUUAUUGAAACCGAAUAUUCAACGCUGAUAGAAUUGAUAGAAUUGGUUUUUGUCUGUAUUUGACAGUGAACAAUGGCUUUCGGUGACUACCCAGCUGAAUAUAAUCCUAAAGUACACGGACCGUAUGAUCCAUCACGAUAUUAUGGGAAACCCGAUACUCCUUUCGGACAAGUGAAAUUAAGCGAAUUAGGUGCAUGGUUUAGCCGUCGUAAUAAAAGCCCUAACGCUUUAGCCGGAGCUAUGAGUCGCGCUUGGUGGCGUUGGCAACAUAAGUACGUGCAACCAAAGCGGGCUGGUAUCGCACCAUUUUUCCAAAUAACCGUUGCGGCUAUGACUUUCUUCUAUGUCAUCAAUUAUGGCAAAAUGAGACAUCACAGGAACUAUAAAUAUCAUUAAAUCUGGCUGCGUUCAUGUGCCUAAUUUAAUUAUCGGCCAGCAACUGGAGUAGUAAUGUAGGUACUAACCAUACAAAUGAUUUUCCGAAAAAUUUGUAGCUUAAAUUUAUUCUCUCUUCUUAUACACUUAUGUGAACAACUUCAUUCGAAAAGGAAUAAAAAAUAAAAGAACAUACUA